UUUCACUUUCCAGUUUCAUUUUCUCUUUUGUAAAGCUGGCUACAUAGGAAGAAAGAAAAGAAACUAGAAGCUCCUUUAUAUAUAGGUCCCUGCAGCAUUUUUUUGGAGACAGAGGAGGAAGCUUUCUGGAGAGUGCAGCAGCCUGGACCUCAGCCCCUCUGAACAGCUCAGCAGCACGGCAGUCAUGAGUGACACCAUGAGGAGUUCUUUGGAGAGCAGUUUACGACAACUGAAAUGUCAUUUCACCUGGAACCUGAUGAAGGGAGAAAGUUCCUUGGAAGACUUUGAAGACAGAGUGCUUAACCAGUGUGAGUUUCAGAGCAGUGACUUCAGAGCGACAGUGUGCAACAUCCUGGCCUACCUAGAGCACCACAGAGGCCAACAUGAGGCCGCCUUGGAGCACCUACGGCAGGCGGAAGACUUAAUCCAGCAACAGCACGCUGACCACGCAGAGCUCCGAAGUCUGGUCACCUGGGGAAACUACGCCUGGGUCUACUAUCACAUGGGCCAACUCUCAGAGGCUCAGCUUUACCUCGACAAGGUGAAACGGGUCUGUGAGAAGUUUUCCAGUCCCUACAGAAUUGAGAGUCCCGAGAUGGAUUGUGAGGAAGGGUGGGCACGGUUGAAGUGUGGAGGAAAUCAAAAUGAAAGGGCGAAGGUAUGUUUCGAGAAGGCUCUGGAAAAACAGCCAAUGAACCCAGAAUUCUCCUCUGGCCUGGCCAUAGCUACCUACCGUCUGGACAGCCGCCCACCACCUCAGGACCCCAUUGACUCUCUGAGGCGAGCCAUUAGGCUGAACCCUGACAAUCAGUUUGUGAAAGUCCUCCUGGCCUUGAAACUUCAGAAGAUGAAUGAAGAGAGUGAAGCCGAGAGGUUAGUAGAAGAAGCCUUGGAGAAAGUCCCGCGGGAAACAGACGUCCUUCGCUGUGCAGCCAGGUUUUAUCGCUAUAAAGAGGCCCUGGAUCAAGCUAUCGACCUGCUUAAAGAGGCUUCAGAACGCAUGCCACCCAACGCCUAUCUGUAUUGCCGUAUUGGGUGCUGCUAUCGGGCCAAAGUCCUCCAAACACUGCACAGAGGAGAGGACAGAAGGUAUGGGAAAAGAGCGAGGUUGCCGGAGCUCAUAGGACAGGCCGUGGAUUAUUUAAAGAAGGCUGAUGAGGCCAAUGGAAAUCUCUACCAGAUCUGUUCCUUUCUGGCAGGCCUCUACUCUCUGGCAGGUCGGUUUGAAGAAGCCGAGUAUUACUUCCAAAAAGAAUUCAGUAAAGAGCUCACUCCUGCCGAGAAGCAAAUGCUGCAUCUCCGGUACGGCAGCUUUCAGCUGUAUGAAAUGAAGUGCGAAGAAAAGGCUAUCUACCAUUUUACAGAAGGCAUGAAGAUAAGCCAGGGAGGAUCAAAGCAGAGAGAAAAGAUCAGAACCAAGCUGGAAAAAAUUGCCCAAGCACGGCUUUAUAACAAUGAAGCAGAUUCCGUGGCUUUGCAUCUCCUGGCAUUCCUUCAGGAAAUGAAGAGCAAAGAAGCGUGGCAAAAUGAUGCAGACGCUCGGAGGAGAUUGGACGCUGGAAAACGUAUCCCGUCCACAUCUUUAGCUGAGACAGAGAAUGAGAAAUAGGGAUAUGGUACCCACAGGGCUACUGCUGGAAGGGCUGAAACCCCUCCAGACUGGGUAUUCAAAAUAUUUAAUGACCAUUAUGGCGGAAGCUGGACUGAAACCCUGGCCGCAGUCCUGGGUUGGGGCUACAGGGAAACCCUGCUGUAUCGGAUGUUAACACUUGCAUUGUCAAAUUGUGAGGAAACCCCGUGAGGUCUGAGAAGGGUUAGUAAAGGGGCUGUUGCUCAAACUACCCUCUUAGGUGCCGUUGGCACUGGGACAUUCCCAUGGUCACCUUCAGUGAGGCAACUCCUUGGGCUUGGCUCUGUGUUUAUGUAAAGCAGCCAGAUCCCUCUCAUCUGUAACCCUGAGGCCUGUCUUUGCAACUUUUUUCCAUCCUUGGAAUGACUUUAUAUCCUGUACCGGUUAGUCCUGCAGAAACAUGAAGGUACUGUUUCUAUCAGAAGGCAGAGGUACCAAAGUCUAGACAGGGCUUGGUCUCCUCCCUUCCUGUCACCUUUGUCCCCUUCCUCCUCCUCAGCCAGUCCUCAUUAUCCUGCACAACAUGAGUUCAAUCGUCUCCUUCACUGAUGUGGCAAAAUAAUUCACAAAGAAAAAGAGAAAAACAGCUCAGCUCUAGAAGGGACACGCUUAGGAGAAACACUGGGUCAGCUAUCCAAUGCACAAGACUUUCAGAAGGUACAUGGCGAGAUUUCUCUUCCACUCAGCCAUCUCUGUAAUCAUAAUACAGCAUGUAAAGAAAGAAAAAGGGGCCAGUUGUGGUGGUGCAGCCAGCAGGGUGCUGUUGCAUGAUGCUGGAGACCAUAUGAGAAUGCUCCAAGUUCAGUUCCCAGGUCCACCUGAACAUGCCAAGUGCACCCAUGAUCCAGGUUGGCUGCAAGUCCAGGGGGGAGGUCAUGGCAUGAAGCCUUGUAGAGGGUGCCCCAUCUUUCCCUCUUUCUCUCUCUUGAAAAAUAAAUGCAUUAUUAUAUAUAUUUUUUUUUUUUCAAAUAAAGAAUGACAGGCCAGCCUGUGCUUAAGUGAGCUGGAUCCUACAUCAUCAACCAUGUGGUUCAAGUUCCAGACCUGGCAGGUUGAAAAACAUGCUGGGCGUGAGUGUGCAUGCAUCCACAAUUCCAAAAGGAGAAAGAGAUGGGAGAGA